CCCUUGGACUGACUGCUGUUUCCCCACUGAGUUCAGAGCAAGGGGUGAUUUCUCUCAACUCUGCUGCUGCUGCUGUUGCUGCUGCUACUUCAACUCUGUCUCCAUCCAGGUAAGCAGGCUCAAAGGGAGGGCAGGCUGCAAGGGAAGCCUUUGCACCAUGAACAAGAUCCGAAAGUUUUUCCGAGGAAGUGGGCGAGUCUUGGCAUUUAUCUUUGCGGCUUCUGUCAUCUGGCUGCUCUUUGACAUGGCAGCUCUCCGCCUCUCAUUCAGUGAGAUCAACACUCGGAUCCUCAAGGAAGACAUUGUGUGGAGGGAGCAGAUAGGAUUCAGAGUUCAGGCAGACCAAGUGAAGAUCCUUUCCAGCAGCAUCAAAGAGAUGAGGCCUUUCCCUGGGGCACUUGGCCAGAGGGUGUGGGGUCAAAAGAACUUUAGAAAGAUUGAUCAGGGUGUGCUUGAAAGGAGGGAUGAUUUGGACCAAGCCCAGAGAGAAAGAAAAAUGCAGAGCACCCUGGUAAGGAGCAAAGCCAUGCCUUUGUGGCACCCUGCACAUCGGCAGACUCCCGUGGAGACUUUGACCAAGCAGAAGAUAGAGGUGAGAGACCGCAAACCGAAAGCCUCUUCUCUUCAGAUGACACCAAAGCAAACAGUGCAGGGGGCUCAGAAAACCCCAUUCAUACCAGCAAGAAGAACUGCACUGGUCAAAAUAUCAGGACACAGAGGACCUGUCAGUACAAAGCAAGAAGCCCUGAGGUCUCAUAAUCUCAGCAGUGACACAUCAAAACAAACAACAGAGAGGGACCUCAAUGUGACCAUUGAUUUUAGAACUCACAAAACGAAGCAGCAGUCACAGGCAGUAGCAGAUAAGAGGACAUACCCUGCCAGCCCACCAGUGCCAAACUCAGAGAAAGCCACAGCCUUAAAUAAAACUAAGACUCAGAGCAAAGAACUAUAUGUAAAUAAACACAAAGUCCGUCAGGCUCUUCCUUUUUUCAAGUUCAUCACUGACUCAAAUGGCUUAAGGAGGCCAUCUGUGAGAAGCUUGCCAAAGGAUGCUGGUGCCAAAGCAGCUCUUAAGAAUGAACUCAAUUUCUCUGAAAGCCAUGUUGUGAUUGUAACCAAGGAGGAGGAACUAAACACAGACACCAAAGAGAUGUCCAACUCUAAAAUCAAAACUGUAUUUCCUGAAAUAUUAGAUAAAAGCCAAGGAAAACAAAUUUCCAGGAUUAGAAGCAUAGCAUCUUUCACCUCACCUGCUUUACAGAAAGCACCAGCAUCUCAAGCAGGACACAAAGUAGAUGAAGGGCUCAGACCAGCAAGAAUUAAUUUAACUGCUAAGGCACAGCCUGCAGAACACAGACAAAGUCAUACGGAAGUCUUUUUGCCUAAAGACCAAGGGAUGCACCACAUAUUAAGAAUAGAUGUGACACUUUCUCCGCGGGAUCCCAAAGCUCUGGGUCAGUUUGGACGUCCUGUCAGUGUUCCUCCUGGAAAAGAAAAGGAGGCAGAAAGAAAAUGGAAGGAAGGAAACUUCAAUGUCUACCUUAGUGAUAUGAUCCCAGUGGACAGAGCCAUUGAAGACACAAGACCUGCUGGGUGUGCAGAGCAGCUAGUUCACAAUCAGCUCCCAACCACCAGCAUCAUCAUGUGCUUUGUGGAUGAGGUGUGGUCCACUCUCCUGAGGUCUGUUCACAGUGUUCUCAACCGCUCCCCGCCACACCUCAUCAAGGAGAUUCUACUAGUAGAUGACUUCAGCACCAAAGACUACCUAAAAGAAAAUUUGGAUAACUACAUGUCUCAAUUUCCAAAAGUUCGGAUUCUUCGCCUUAAAGAGAGACAUGGCUUAAUAAGAGCCAGGCUGGUGGGAGCCCAGAAUGCAACAGGUGAUGUGUUGACCUUCCUAGAUUCACAUGUAGAAUGUAAUGUUGGUUGGCUAGAACCUCUUCUGGAAAGAGUUUACUUAAGCAGAAAGAAAGUGGCCUGUCCAGUAAUUGAAGUCAUUAAUGACAAGGAUAUGAGUUACAUGACAGUGGACAACUUUCAAAGAGGAAUCUUUGUGUGGCCUAUGAACUUCGGUUGGAGAACAAUUCCUCCAGAUGUUGUUGCAAAAAACAGAAUUAAAGAAACUGAUGUAAUAAGGUGCCCCGUCAUGGCAGGUGGAUUAUUUUCUAUUGACAAAAAGUACUUUUUUGAACUUGGAACUUAUGAUCCUGGCCUUGAUGUUUGGGGUGGAGAAAAUAUGGAGCUCUCAUUCAAGGUGUGGAUGUGUGGUGGCGAAAUUGAGAUCGUUCCCUGUUCCCGCGUGGGCCACAUCUUCAGAAGUGACAAUCCCUAUUCCUUCCCCAAAGACCGCGUGAAGACAGUGGAGCGGAACCUGGUGCGGGUUGCUGAGGUCUGGCUGGAUGAAUACAAAGAGCUGUUCUACGGCCACGGGGACCACCUCAUAGACCAAAGGCUGGACGCCGGCGACCUGAGCCAGCAGAGGGAACUGAGGAAGACGCUGAAGUGCAAAAGCUUCAAGUGGUACUUGGAAAACGUCUUUCCUGACUUGAAGGCUCCCCUUGUGAGAGCCAGUGGUGUGCUUAUUAACAUGGCACUGGGUAAGUGCCUUUCCGUUCAAAGCACCACAGUCACCCUGGAGGCGUGUGAAGCAAGUAGCACGCUCCAGCAAUUUAAUUAUACCUGGUUAAAAUUUAUUAAACAUGGAGAGUUAUGUUUAGCUCCCAUCCCUGACAAAGGAUCCCUGAAGCUGAAUACUUGUGAUUACAGAAGCAAAGGACUGAAAUGGUUGCAUAAAUUAACAUCCGUCUUCCACCCAGAACUGGUAAAUCACAUUGUUUUUGAAAACUCACAUCAAUUAUUGUGCCUGGAAGGAAAUUUUCCUCAGAAGACCCUGAAAGUAGCUGCUUGUGACUCAAUGAAACCACAUCAAAAGUGGAAAUUUGAAAAGUACUAUGAAGUCUAAAGAGGAGCCAAUGUUUCAUCCAUAGUACUGUAGCUACUUACCUGUUGAAUAACAGUGAACUUGGUGACUAUAUUUCUCAAGGUCAUUUACAUUUUCAAUUCUAAUAGCAGCUGAAUGGAAGAUUUUUAAAAGUCACAAUAUUUGGAAUACCAAAAAAAAUUACUCUGUAAAAGACUCCACCAUUUGGCUAGAGUCCUUUCCCAUCCUGGGUGGCCUUUGGAAUUGCCUACGUCCUUCCCUGCUCUAAUUCAUCCUGCAAGUUGCUCCCAGGAAUCUCACAGGUAACUGGAAAUGAAGACAGGUGUGGGGAAGCACAACGAUACAAUAGUAGUAUCUCAUAAUAACUGCAUCUUUUGGCCUACAAGUAAAGAGAUAUGCAAUGAGAACCUGUCCUUUAUUGUCUAAUUUUUCAUCACACAGAAU